GGAAUGUCUCCAUAAACCAUUUUCCGGUUCACAGAGUAAAUUGAAAAUGCCACUAACACUCACGAGUCACGUAUGAUGAAACACAGCCUAAAUUCAAAAUGCCGAGCACCCCAUUGCCUACGGCAUUCCUAUCUAUAGCUGAACUGAUUCUUCCAUGGCUGACACCCCAAGAACUCGCUUCCAUUUCCUGCACUUCUCAGACUUUAUCACACCUCUCUAAACGCAUUACCACUGUCAGAUCCUCUGACGCUUCUAGAUCCUUGGAGAAUUUCCCCAUCCCCUUCAUAAACUCCGUCGAUUCUCACCCUUACUCUUUCUUCCUCUACACUUCCACCUAUCUUCUUCCCUCCCCCAAUUUCCUCCGCCAAUUUUGGGCUUGGAGUCCCUCUCUUUCUACAAACCCUAAUUGUAAUUCCCAAUUCGAUUUUGAUUCUGUUGACUGUGUUGGGUGUGAUUGUAGUGAGAUUUGCAAUGAGAGUGAUUGCUCUUGUUUCGCGUUGAGAGGUGGGGACGUUAUCUCUGAGUGUGGAGCGAGGUGUGCUUGUCAAUCAAGUUGUCCAAAUCGGGUGACUCAGAAGGGUAUUUCUGUUCAAUUGAAGAUUGUUAGGGUUUUAAAUAAGGGUUGGGGAUUGUUUGCUGCACAAUUCAUUCCUUCGGGAAGUUUCGUAUGUCAGUAUGCAGGUGAAUUAUUGACAACCAAAGAGGCAAGGAGGCGGCAACAAAUAUAUGAUGAACUUGCAAGAGGUGGUCGGUUUUCAUCUGCCCUUUUGGUGGUGCGGGAGUAUCUUCCAUCAAGGAAAGCAUGUUUCAGGAUCGAUAUUGAUGCCACAAGAAUCGGUAAUGUUGCACGAUUUAUAAAUCAUUCUUGUGAUGGCGGCAACCUAUCCACCGUAUUGAUUAGAAGUUCAGGAGCUCUAUUACCCCGGGUUUGCUUUAUUUCUUCCAGAGAUAUAGAAGCAGGUGAAGAACUUAGCUUUAGUUAUGGAGAUGUUAGGCUUAGGACAGAUGGGUUGCAAUGUUUUUGUGGCAGCUCUAGUUGUUUUGGCAUCUUACCCUCAGAAGACACCUGAUUGAGGUACUUCGUUGAACAUUCAUGCUUCCCAGAACGGCGGAAUCAUUGGUACAAAGAAACUAAUGGUGAGGGUGAGCCUAUUUAGCAGAUUUACAGUCUUAUUAAUACUGCUACUUUUCUAUAAUAUGACUUGAUUAUUUCUACAUUAUAUUAUACAUAAUUUCAUCCUA